ACUUUCCGCCUCCGCAUUGGUCCGCGUGCCUGUCAGUCUCCGCCGGGCCGCGCCGGCCCGCCUCCCUGGCUCACUACGCCGCCUGCCUGGCUACCUCGCCGGCUGUCUGCCGCCCCUGCCUGUCGGGACCUGAGCUAGCGCCAGCUCCGCGAAGCUCAGGGAAGAGGGGGGCGGACUCGGCCGCCGCUGAGCAUCGCCUGAGUGGGCGGCAGGGCCGCGGCCUCUCCGCCGGCAGCACCACCUGUCGCGGGCCGAGACUUCGGGUGCAAGGAAAGAUGUUGUCCCGGCUAAGAAUAGUCGCUACUCCCUAUACUCUAGCAUGUCGUCAUAUGCACAUAAAAGAAAAAGGCAAGACACUCAUGUUGAACCCAAGAACAAACAAGGGAAUGGCAUUUACAUUACAAGAACGACAAAUGCUUGGUCUUCAAGGACUUCUACCUCCCAAAAUAGAGACACAAGAUAUUCAAGCUUUACGAUUUCAUAGAAACUUAAAAAAAUUGAAUGGCCCUUUGGAAAAAUACAUCUAUAUAAUGGGAAUACAAGAAAGAAAUGAGAAGUUGUUUUAUAGAAUUCUGCAAGAUGAUAUUGAAAGUCUGAUGCCAAUUGUAUACACACCAACAGUGGGUCUUGCCUGCUCCCAAUAUGGACACAUCUUUAGGAGACCUAAGGGAUUAUUUAUUUCAAUCUCAGACAGAGGUCAUGUUAGAUCAAUUGUGGAUAACUGGCCAGAAAAUCAUGUUAAGGCUGUUGUGGUGACUGAUGGAGAGAGAAUUCUGGGUCUUGGAGAUCUGGGUGUCUAUGGAAUGGGAAUUCCAGUAGGAAAACUUUGUUUGUAUACAGCGUGUGCAGGAAUACGGCCUGAUAGAUGCCUGCCUGUGUGUAUUGAUGUAGGAACUGAUAAUCCAGCACUCUUAAAAGAUCCAUUUUACAUGGGCUUGUAUCAGAAAAGAGAUCGAUCGCAACGUUAUGAUGACCUGAUUGAUGAGUUUAUGAAAGCCAUUACUGACAGAUACGGACAGAACACACUUAUUCAGUUUGAAGACUUUGGAAAUCAUAAUGCAUUCAGGUUCUUGAGAAAAUAUCGAGAAAAGUAUUGUACCUUCAAUGAUGAUAUUCAAGGGACGGCUGCAGUAGCCCUAGCGGGUCUUCUCGCCGCACAGAAAGUUAUAGGUAAACCACUGUCAGAUCACAGAGUCCUAUUCCUUGGAGCAGGAGAGGCUGCUCUUGGAAUUGCAAAUCUCAUAGUUAUGGCUAUGGUUGAAAAUGGCCUCUCAGAAGAAGAGGCACAAAAGAAAAUUUGGAUGUUUGACAAGUUUGGUUUGUUAUUUAAGGGGCGGAAAGCUAAAAUAGACAGUCAUCAGGAACCAUUUGCUCACUCAGCCCCAGGGAAUAUACCUGAUACUUUUGAAGAUGCAGUAAAUAUUCUCAGGCCUUCAGCUAUAAUUGGAGUUGCAGGAGCUGGCCGACUUUUCACUCCUAGUGUAAUCAAAGCCAUGGCUGAAAUCAAUGAAAGGCCUGUAAUAUUUGCAUUAAGCAAUCCUACAGCAAUGGCUGAGUGCACGGCUGAAGAAGCAUAUACACUUACAGAGGGAAGGUGUUUGUUUGCCAGUGGCAGUCCUUUUGAGCCAGUGAAACUCAAUGAUGGGCAAGUCUUUACACCAGGCCAAGGCAACAAUGUGUAUAUUUUCCCAGGCGUGGCUUUAGCUGUUAUUCUCUGUAACACCCGGCAUAUCAGUGAUCAUGUUUUCCUAGAAGCUGCAAAGGCUCUGACAAAUCAGCUGACAGAUAAAGAGCUAGCUCAAGGGAGACUUUACCCACCACUUGCUAACAUUCAGGAAGUUUCUAUUAACAUUGCUAUUAAAGUCACAGAAUACCUGUACGCUAACAAAAUGGCCUUCCGAUACCCAGAACCUGAAGACAAGGCCAAAUACAUUAGAGAAAGAAUCUGGCGAAGUGAAUACGAUUCCCUGCUGCCAGAUGUCUAUGACUGGCCAGAAUCCCCACUAAGCCCUCCCUUGAUAACGGAAGAGAAGCACACCCACUGAAAAAUACUUUCAAUGCUUCAGGGAACACCCCUUAUUUUUUUUUUCCAGAGAAAAAGAGAUAAUCUCAAAUGUAUGAGUUUUUUCAUGUGUUUUAUUCUCCCCCACUGCUUUGCUUGACUUUUUAUUUUUUUUCCAUGAAUCUGUACUUCCUUAGAGGAUCAACAUGUUGGCUAUAAUUGUGAAUGCCCACCAGCACCCUGCAGUCAAAAUAACCAUGAUGCUUUUCUUCUGAUUCUAGCUCAUAGCACAUCAAAGAGAUGUCACAGAUGUAGUUGUAAAUGUCUUCACUUGUGCUAUUGUUCAUGCUUGCCAGAGUAUUUGCUAUUUACUAUUAACAGUAAUCAUCUUCUCUCCCCAGCUCUUUUAGGGCUACUAAGAAAUUUUACUUCUGUGGAUAUGAGUAUAGAGUUUUAAGAAGCCAAAUUUAACCAGAUUAUAAGGACAAACUGUCAGUGUCUAAAAGUUCUUUUAUUUCAGCCUUAUUUUAUCUUCAUGCUCUGAAAUUCCUUUCCAGCUGAUAAAUCUAGAGAAAUGUGAAAAAUCUACCCUGUUAUUUAUUUUCUGGACCUAAAUUGAGGCCCAACUAUAACAUCAGGAGAGAGAAAUGGGAAGUACCGCUGUCUUUAGAGAGAUAAACAAAAUAGUCAUUGUUUCAACAGUGUAUAAAAAUCAUAGUGUAACUUUUUUAUUUAAUAAAGGUAUUAUCUUAAAUUUAA